AACGUUCCGUUAAAAAAAGAUAAUAAAAAUAUUUUUCACCAAAAAACGUACUCGCUAAGUAAUAAAAACAACAAUCCCGAUACUAUAAGCCUAUCCACACAUUAAUUUGACAUUUAGAGUCGUUUUCAAACAAAUUAAUGUGAUAAAAGUAAUACUAAAGAUUAGUUACCUACUACGAAAAGUUUAUAUUAGUAAAGCCGCUGGAAUUACAACACAGUGUUAUCAAGAUUUCGACGUAGUGAAUUGCCAGCAGCACGACACGGCAAUGUCUUUCCGAAUCGACGAUAUUUUGAAAAAUAAACCGAAUUCCAAUCAUAAAUCCAGUGAAGAUCAAAAGGAAGAAAUGAAAGAUUUAUUAUCAGGAUCGGAUAAGGCCAGUUUCAGCCCUAGCGCUAGCGAUAGAAGUUACAGUGACCAUCAGAGUUAUUUUGAGUACUGGAACCAUUCUUAUAGAUUGGCUAGUAUGGCCGCAACGGCCUCUUCCUUGGAAGGUGUAAGACAGAAUCUCCUGCCGAAAGAUCAGUGUUGCUCGAAUUCGAUGUACCUGCAAGAAUAUCGUAAUUAUUACACCCCAACAUUUAUCUACCCAGAAAAGAUGUAUUCUCAAACUAACUAUAACCACAUGUUACCAUUUGGACUCACAUUGUGCUCUCAUUUGUCCAAACGAAGAAACCAAGUAAGAUUUUCACCUAGUCAAACAAAAGCUUUAGAAAGCAAAUUCUCUUGGCAAAAAUAUCUUAGUCCAGAAGACAGAAAGGUAUUGGCUCAUUCAUUAAAACUAUCAGAUAGACAGGUAAAAACGUGGUUCCAGAACAGACGAGCGAAAUGGAGAAGGAACGUGAGUUGUUCUUCAUCCAGUAGCGACACAAACCGAGAUAUAACCAGUUCAGCAACUUAACCGGAAUAAAAAUAAUAGACUAAGAAAAAAUCAUUUAUUUUUGGAUGUCAUAAUUUGAAAAACAAGCCUUUUUAAAUAAAAAUGUAUAUACUAUAGAAAAUGAAUUUUUCUAUAUAAUACAAACAAGGAUCUGGUUUAAAUAAGUUAAACAAAACAAAUAAAAAGAUAUCCUAAGAAGUUUCAUAGCUUAGAUAAACUAAUUUACAAAAGCUUACAAUAUACAACUAUUUAGAUUAAUCAAGGUGUGCAAAAACAUACCAUAAUAUGAGAGUUAAUUUUUCUAAAAUAGAAAAACUAUCACAAUAUUUUAG